AUGAAGGCAGCGCUCUCCCCCUCGGACGAGGAUUCGCCAGAAAGGGAAAGGACUCCCAAGAAGGCCCGGAGAGUUCCGUUGGUGAAGAUCACCCCCCUGAAGACGCCUGCUGCUCCGGCAGACCCGAGCCCCAAGCGCAAUGUCUGGAGCCCCUCCAAGGUCACGGCCAGAGCCAGGCGUUACCUGACGCGUAGAGGCGCUCUGGGCGCCAGCCCGUCCAAGCCAGCCUCCCAGGUCCCAAAGAUUGAGCCAGACCCUCAGCCGACGAGGGAGCCAGAGGCGGACCCUCAGCCGACGCCGGAGGUGGAGGUUGACAUGGUGCCAGACACAGACACAGACCCAGAACCGGAGGUGGCAGAGGACUCAGAGGACCCAGGACACCAGGCGUAGAGGACUCAGAGGACCAAGGCACCAAGCCCCAAUCCCCCAUUCAGAACUCUCCCACCCAACACCAAAUGUUCAUCUAGCCCCAAUCCCCCUGUUCAGAACCCUCCCUCCCAACACCCAAGUUCAUCUAGCCCCAAUCCCCCUGUUCAGCCCCACACCACCCACAAUCUUUCCCCUGUUCACUGCACUGCAGCACUUUGAUUGUUCAGCACUUUGAUUGCUCAGCACUUUGAUACUGCCGGUUGUUUGUAAAAUGUGAAAUAAAAUUUUAUAUUUGAUUCUUUUUUUAUUUUUU